AUGCUUGCUCUGCUGGUCCUUUCUUUGGCGGCUGUCUGCGCCGCUCAAAAUGCAGGUGUGAGUACGAGUACCUCUCCUGCAGUUCGUGCUUCGACUAGAGCAUCAGUGAAUGCUUAUGAUCCAUUCCGUUACUCCAGCAAGCCCAAUGCACCUGCAGCAAACGACCCCGGCCGUUACAAUCCCGGUCGUUACGACCCCGGCCGUUACGACCCUGGUCGAUAUGAUCCCGGGCGUUACAACCCCGGUAAAUACGACAGUUCUGGACGUUACAUUCCUGACAAGUCUGGUACCUACGACGGUGAUCGUGGUGACCGAGGUAGUGCUGGAGGCUUCUAUUCCGGUUCUUCUGACAGGGGAGGUCCAGGUGGUGGUUACGUUGGCAACAAGGACGAUAUCGGCAAGGGUGGACAAGGCGGAAAAUAUGCUCCUGACAACGACGCUUCCAAGGAUAAGAUAUCGUCAGGGUCGGCGAAGCCCUCUAAGGAUGACAGAAAUAAAGCGUCACCAGUUCCAGCCUUCAGUCCUGCCCCUUCGUCAUCAUCUUCUACUGCUAAGCCAAAACCAGUCGUACCAACACCGGUUGUUCCUAAAGUCAACACUGGCAACUACGAUUACAAAUACGGCAUUAUUCGUCAAGAAACUGAUGUACUUCCUGAUGGCUACCACUACCUUUAUGAGACAGAAAAUAAAAUCCUUGCAGAGGAAGCUGGUCGAAUUGAGAAGAUCGAUAACGAAAGUGAAGACCUUAGAGUUAAGGGAUUCUUUGAGUACGUCGGUCCAGAUGGUGUUACCUAUAGAGUAGACUAUACCGCCGACGAGAAUGGCUUCGUCCCCAGCGGCGCUCAUUUACCU